AUGACGAUUCUUGACGAUAAACCGAUGCCUGCGGCGUCUCCCGAGGCCCCCUCGACGACGACGGCCGCCUCCUCAGCGGCAUCAGCAGCACCGAACACGCCUCAGCAACCGCCGCGCGAGCUUCGCAACGAUCCAGCCCGCACCGGCUUCGACCCGCAGACCAAGUGGUGGAUGAACUACUUCAAAGUCCUCACUGGAGGCAUGACCCCCGAGGGCCAGUUCCACUACCGCGAGGCCCGCUACCGCGCCAACGAGGAGCGCGACUGCAAGCGCUGCGAGGAGUACCGCGACUGGCUCCUCGCCUUUUCCCCGACCGUGCGCUUCCUCAACGACAAGAUCGCCGCCCUCAACGGCAACCUGGACUCGUCCAACAUCCUCUGCAGGCGGUGCCCUGCCCGGCUGACCGAAGACGGCGAGGUUCACCGCCAGUCCGGCGGCUUCAGCCCCGCGCACGGGAUCCUCAUCUGCGCCAACGAGGUGAGGGACCGGAAGCACCUCGAAGACACGCUGUCGCACGAGAUGGUGCACGCGUGGGACCACCUUCGGUGGAAGGUCGAUUGGAUGGGUGACUUGGACCUGAAGCAUGCGGCGUGUACAGAGAUCCGAGCAUCGAUGCUCAGCGGCGAGUGCAGGUGGACGAGGGAGGCCUUCACAAGAGGCAACUGGAGCCUGUCGCAGCAGUUCCAGGACUGCGUGCGGAAGCGCGCCAUCCAAUCCGUCCUCAACCGGCCGAGGUGCAAGGAUGACGUGCAGGCCACCAAGGUGGUGAACCAGGUCUGGGAGUCGUGCUUCAACGACACGCGGCCCUUUGACGAGGUUUACAGAUGA